AUGCUAUCUGUGGAAGAGCAAAAUCACUGCUUUGUUCCAGUUCGAAGAAUAUUAAACAACGAUGACUUAAACCUAUUUCGAGAAGGAGAGGCCUAUCGCUUAAUCGAUUCGUUUAUUUGCGACCUCAAUGAAAGUGUUCAAGACAAGCCAAUUUCAGCAGAGGUAGAGUUGAGUCCGUCUGUCGCGUACAUUCUGUUGAUACUGAAAAGAGUCGAAGAAAUCCACAAUUUGAAUCCCCCUGUGGAAAACAAAGGUUCUCGUUUCGGAAACCCAGCAUUCGAGUCCUUUUACGAUCAAGUCGAAUGCGAAACUCCUACGCUACACGCAGCAUUCAAAAUAGAGGAAAACGCAAUUGCAGAGGCUGGAAAGUAUUUUUACGAGAGUUUUGGUAAUAGAAGGAGAAUCGACUAUGGUAGUGGUCAUGAACUCAAUUUUAUGACUUGGCUUCUUGCCUUGCGAAGAUUAGAAAUCAUCGCGAAAGAAGAUUAUCCCGCUAUUGUCCUUCGGGUUUUCGUACGCUAUAUUCACUUGAUGAGGUUGAUACAGUCAACCUACUUCUUGGAGCCUGCAGGUUCGCAUGGCGUCUGGGGAUUAGAUGAUUUUCACUUUCUCCCUUUCCUUUUUGGUUCUUCUCAAUUGGUACAUCACAAGUAUUUACGUCCGAAGCAUAUACGUGAUCCCGAAAUCCUCGAAAUGUGCGGCGACGACUAUAUGUAUAUGGGAUACGUUCGCUUCAUUAAUGAACUGAAACCAGAUGUUUCGCUGCGAUUUCAUUCCCCUAUGAUUGACGAUAUUUCUGGCGUCAAGACAUGGGCAAAGGUCAACGAAGGUAUGAUAAAAAUGUACCGUGCCGAAGUUCUUUCUAAGCUACCUAUUAUGCAACAUUACUUAUUUGGAAAUUUGAUUCCAGCAACACCUUCCAUGUCCGCGGCUCCUCAAGAAGGAGAGGACGCAGAAGCCAGCCAUAUGCAUUCGACGUACGCAGACUGUUGUGGAAUUAAGGUCCCUAGUGCAAUUGCUGCAUCAAAAAUCGGCUGGCGCCGUAUGCCGUUUGACUAA